AGAUAAUAGGACAUGAAAAUCAGCUCAUGCUGAAAGGACGAGGGGUUUCACCAUGCUCUUCGUAAUUUAUCCGAAGCUCCUCUCAAACCUCAAAAUAAACAAAGUCAUCAAGGCACGCCGAACGGCCACUUCAAGCUCAACCCCCUGUAAUCACUACCAUUGGAUGUUGUCAAGGAAACAUCUUACACUACAGAAAUUUGUAUAGUUUACAGUUUGAUCAUCAGCUCUGAUUGCAGAUUGCCCAUGUGGACGGCAUUGGAUUGGAAAUCAGAAAUAAUAGGAGAGAACGAAUUGGGUAUCAAUCGUGGAAUUGGGUAUCAAGAAAAGAUGUAGUAACUCCGUCGGGAUUGAUCACCGCACUGAGAACAAGACACGUUAAUGCCACUGCAACAAAGAGAAUCAUACCCGUCAGUAUUCGGUGACCGAGAGAGCCGGAAUCCGGUAACAUUUUGGAUGGGUUUCCAACGGUAGAGCGGUUCUCUACAGUGUGAUGUCUUCUGUAAUCAGGAAAAAAGUGGAAGAAAUCACGAGACAAACAUUUAUUAUGAGGGCUUUAGAUGAAAAACUAGAAAAAGCAGAGAUGACAAAAGAGAUGAGAGUAAUAGAGCUGACAGUCUGGCAGUGGUUUUUAUGGAGGAGGUUUCUUUUCCGAGCGUAGGGUGUCCACAGUUUUCAAUUUGUUUCAUUUUUAAGUGAUGCAAUAAAAGGAGCAAUUUAUGGAUGAGAUUUGUUGUCGAGCGUUAUAUGAAGAGUGCUGCCACAGUUCUGAUUAAUUCUGCCAUAGUCACUAAUAAGAGAGGUCGAUUUGGAAGUCCGGCACAGUUUCCGUCGCUGACAUCUUCGUCUUUGAUGCUGGGGCUGGGUUUGGAUGGAGCCCAAACCCAAGAUGCAGCAACUUUAAAUCGAGUCUGACAUGUUAUGAUUUUACUCUCAUUGUUUCAGCCACUCUGUCGCUUUUUAAACUAUUUUGGGCUUUCCUUUUUAUAUGGAGAUUUCAUCGGGAAACCCAAGAUAUGCAAUGCCAGUGAGGGGAGAGGAUGAGGACGGAAAUGGAGGGGAAGUGACAUCAAGGGUUCAAUCUUUGUCGGUUUUGUCUGGGUCUGCUGCUGCAAAUGGGGAUAACAUGGAAAAAGAUAUAGAGGGAGCAGAGAAAUGGAAGAGCAGCAACAGUGGUCUUUCUUUUCUUUGGAUUUGUCUGCAGAGCCGUUUCUGAAGAAUGUUGUUUAUGAAGGAUGCCAUGAACGAGAGGGGAAGAGCAGCAACGGUGGCAUCUUGGAUGCACGGGAGAACGUCAGUCUCUCUGUGAGAGGUUUUUGCAACAACGAAACCCAUGAGAAUACUAACAUUUAUAUUCGACUUAUUUCCACGGAAGAACUUGGUUUUAUCUUCUGAAUUCUAGUAAAGUUGGGGUGGUGUCGAAAUCUGCACAUUUCGAGAUGACUCAACAACCCCAUAUUGCGGUGCUUGGUGCUGGAAUCUUUGUUCGAACUCAAUACAUUCCUAGGCUAAGAGAGAUAGCCGAUACUGUGGUUGUUAAAUCCAUUUGGAGCCGCACUGAGAAAUCUGCAAGAGCUGCUGUAGAGCUUGCUCGAGAAUUUUUCCCUAAUAUAGAAUGCAAGUGGGGUGAUGAAGGUCUCGAUGCCAUCAUUCAAGAUAGCUCACUUCAUGGAGUCGCAGUUGUUCUUGCUGGACAGACUCAGGUGGAUAUUUCAUUGAGGUUGCUAAGGGCAGGGAAGCAUGUUCUCCAAGAGAAACCAGCUGCAGCCUCUGUUAGUGAGGCAAAAUCUGCACUGUCAUGUUAUAAUUCCCUAUGUGCCAAUUACCCUCGUCAACCACUGUGGGCUGUUGCAGAAAACUAUCGGUUUGAACCAGCUUUUGUGGAGUGCAAAAAACUUAUGAAUGAUAUUGGUGAAAUGAUGUGUGUUCAAGUGAUUGUUGAAGGAUCAAUGAACAGUUCAAAUCCUUACUUCUCAAGCUCCUGGAGGCGUAAUUUCACAGGGGGUUUUAUUCUAGAUAUGGGGGUACACUUCAUUGCAGGAUUGAGGAUGAUUGUUGGAUGUGAGGUAACCACAGUGUCUGCUAUUACUUCUCAUGUAGAUACAACUUUGCCUCCACCAGAUAAUAUUUGCUCUCUCUUUCAAUUGGAAAAUGGAUGCUCUGGAGUGUUUGUAAUGGCAGUCUCCACAAGAUCACCAAAGAUAUUCUGGCAUGUUGUUGGCUCAAGGGGAACAUUACAAAUUGAGCGUGGAAAUAAAGAUGGCCUGCAUGGCUACAGUGUUUCAUUUUACACAGCUGAUGGACGCUGUGAAAGCUCCUUCUACCCUUUUAGUGGGGUUAAUGAAGAGCUGAAAGCUUUUGUACAUGAUAUUGGACAGUCCUUAUUUAAGGAGGAUGGUAACCAKGAGGCUGAGCCACGCAGUUCUUUCAUUGAAGGUGCCCGAGAUGUUGCUGUCUUAGAAGCAAUGCUUGAAUCUGGUAUGAAGCAGGGAGCACAGGUUACUGUCAAAAGAUUCUAGCCAAAUGCCAGUCAUCUUAUUCACAUAGUUGGCCAGCUUGUAGAUUAUGCAGGAACUGCUAAAAUUUUUUGUUCCUCUCCAUGUGAGGCAUAACUUUAAGACAGUUGCCAGGCCAAACAAUGGAACACAGAUCCGUGAAACAGAUAUCAAGGAUGAUGCCCUUUUUCUUACAAAAUGUGUACUAUCGUAUUGUGGAAAUGAUACAGAUUACAGAUGCAAGAGAAGGGGGCAUUCGUCGGUGAGUUGGUGUAAUGGGUAAAUGCAACUAAUUAGUACUGGUAUCUUUUCCCUAUUGUGUGUAUGGAAACCUUCUAAGGUUAGGAGUAAAAAACAAAUGGCAUCAGGUUACCCCCAGUAUGACUACGAGUCUACGAGGCUUUGACAUCUUUAGGCCAACUAUCGAAACUUUGCAUUGUUAUAUGAAAGAAAGUUCAAUGAAGGAAUUUUCUGCUUAAAUAAAGGGCCAAGUUCAAGGUAUUGAUAUUUCA